AUGAACCUCUCCCUAACCGACCCCUUUGUCCUCGCCCAAGACUACCCCGAAUCUACCACCGGCUCCUUACGCAGUGGCCACGCGACCUGCGUGCGCUUCAACCGCAAAGGCGACUUCCUGGCCGCGGGGCGCGUCGACGGCACCGUCGUGAUCUUUGACGUGGAGACCAACGGCGUGGCGCGAAAACUUAAGGGACACACUAGGCAAGUGCAGAGUCUGAGUUGGAGUAGGGAUGGCAGGUAUCUUUUGACGAGUAGCCAGGAUUGGAAGUGUAAUAUUUGGGAUUUGAGUACGGGGAGCAUUGUGAGGAGUGUACGGUUUGAGGCACCGGUUUAUAUUGCAGAGUUGCAUCCUUGGAAUCAUUUGAUAUUCGUAGUCAGUCUUUUUGAGGACCAGCCAUUGCUCGUUGACGCCUCUGGACCCAAGGUCAUCAAGUCGAAUCUCCCCUCUGCGCCCAAACGAAAUCAAUACGAUGAAGACGAACCGAUUUCUGAUAAACAGGCUGCGCAGGAUGCGAAGCAGACCACAACCGUAUCAGUCUUUACGGCGAGCGGUGAACACAUAUUGGCUGGCACGAACAAGGGGUGGUUGAACAUCAUCGAGGUCUCUACGAGGACAACCAUCUAUUCUACGAAGAUCUGCACGGGCGUUGUGAUAUACCUACGCUUGACAGGUUCGGGGAGAGAUGUGGUAGUCAAUGCUCAAGAUCGGAUUAUCCGCACCAUACAACUCCCAAACCUCUCAGCUGCGGAUCUUGAUCCAGAUACGAUAGAUAUAGAAGUCGAGCAUAAGUUCCAGGAUGUGGUGAACAAGCUGAGCUGGAACCAUGUUGCGUUCUCUUCUACAGGGGAGUAUGUCACGGCGAGCACGUACAAUAACCACGAUAUCUACAUCUGGGAACGAAAUCACGGUUCUUUGGUCAAGAUCCUCGAAGGACCGAAGGAGGAACAUGGAGUCGUGGAAUGGCAUCCUCACCGCCCUCUCAUUGCUGCCUGCGGAUUGGAAAGCGGCCGCAUACACAUCUGGUCCAUCAUGCCCUCGCAACGCUGGUCAGCACUCGCGCCCGAUUUCGUCGAAGUAGAAGAGAAUGUCGAGUACAUCGAGUACGAAGACGAAUUCGAUAUCCACCCGCAAGAGGAAAUCCAUAAACGAAGACUAGAUCUGGAGGAUGAAGAGGUGGAUGUGUUGACUGUAGAGCCCGUCAAGGGUGAGAUUGUUGAUGAGGAGGGGAUCAGUGCGUUCAGGAUGCCGGUACAAUUGGAUUUGAUUGAUAGUGAGAGUGAGGAGGAGUUUGUUGCUGUGGGGAGGGGCGAGAUGCGGAGGAAAAGUCCGAGUGGGCAGGGGGUGGAUUAUGGGCUGGGGGAGGAGGGGGUGGGUGGGAGUGAUGCGGAGGGGAAGAAGAAGGUUAAGAGUCGGAGGCGGUGA